AUGGCAGAAAGAGCUCAAACACCUCAAGCACCAACAGUUAAAAUUGGUAAUUAUAUUUUAGGAAACACUCUUGGAGUCGGUACAUUUGGCAAAGUUAAAAUGGGAGAGCACGUAAUAACAAAACACAAAGUAGCAGUAAAAAUUCUAAACCGUCAAAAAAUAAAAACAUUAGAUGUAGUAGGUAAAAUCCGUCGUGAAAUAGAAAACCUUACGCUGUUUCGUCAUCCACAUAUAAUUAAAUUAUACCAAGUAAUAAGCACUCCAACAGACAUAUUUAUGAUAAUGGAGUAUGUAUCAGGCGGAGAAUUGUUUGAUUACAUUGUCAAGCACGGAAAAUUAAAGGAGCACGAAGCGAGGCGUUUUUUCCAGCAGAUUAUUUCCGGAGUGGAUUAUUGUCACCGACAUAUGAUAGUCCACCGUGACCUCAAGCCGGAGAAUCUGCUGCUGGAUCACAACUUACACGUCAAAAUAGCUGACUUUGGUCUGUCGAACAUCAUGACAGACGGAGAGUUUCUGCGGACGUCCUGCGGCUCGCCAAAUUACGCUGCGCCUGAAGUAAUAUCAGGAAAGCUGUACGCGGGUCCUGAAAUAGACAUCUGGUCUUGUGGAGUAAUUCUCUACGCUCUGCUCUGCGGAACCCUGCCGUUUGACGACGAGCACGUCCCAACGUUGUUCAGGAAAAUAAAGUCUGGGAUUUUCCCGAUUCCGGAGUACCUGAACAAGAGUGUGGUGAACCUUCUGUGCCACAUGAUGCACAUUGACCCGAUGAAGCGCUCGACGAUCGAAGAUAUAAAGAAGCACGAGUGGUUCCAGAAGGACUUGCCAGCUUACCUGUUCCCUUCUUCUGUCGAGCAAGAGUCCUCGGUGAUUGACGUUGAAGCUAUCAAUGAAGUCUGCGAGAAGUUUAACGUCAAAGAAGAAGAAGUCUACGCGGCUUUGCUGAACGGAGAUGCUCAUGAUAAUCUGGCUAUUGCUUAUCAUUUGAUUAUUGAUAAUCAACGGAUCGCUGAUGAAGCUGCCAAGACUGAGUACAAGGAGUUUUAUAUGGCUUCUAGUCCUCCUCCUCCUCCUGCUACUACUACUACUGGGUCUAAUGAUUCUAUUAAUAGUCCGAUCAGGCCUCAUCCCGAAAGAAUUGCUCCAUUCAGAGAACGGUCUCAGUCAGCUAGUGUUCCAUCGGUUACACAAGGCAAAGCUGCUGCUGCUGCUGCUGCUACUGCUACUGCUACCAAACGAGCCAAAUGGCAUUUAGGUAUUCGGUCACAAUCAAAACCUAAUGACAUUAUGACUGAAGUCUUUCGUACUAUGAAAAAUCUUGAUUUUGAAUGGAAAAUUAUAAAUGCCUAUAGUGUGAGAGUACGACGCAAGAACAAAUUAACUGAGCGAUACAGUUAUAUGUCAUUACAAUUAUAUCAAGUGGAUUACCGUAGUUAUUUAUUAGAUUUUAAAUCUGUAUCUGAUGAAACUGAAAUUCCUAACAGAGAUCCAAUGAUACCCACAACAGGUGGUCACCGUACAAUGGAAUUUUUUGAAAUGUGUGCUGCACUAAUAACUCACCUAGCACAUAUAAUCUCUUGCUUUAGUUAUUACUUCCAUGAUGAUUAUGUAAAUGGGAUGAAUUAG